ACAGAACAUUCAUCGUGAUUAGAAAAUGCUCCAUACCUUGGAGUGCAGUGGAGACAUAAGAAUAAUUUUAAAUGCAAAUUAAAUUGUGGGGGUAGCAAAGAGAACAGAUAAAAGACAGUAAAACAAAGCCUUUCACUUUCCUCAAAUUAGCAGGCUAAUGUAGUAUAAAAAAAAAGCAGUUCUACUCAGAUCUGUGCUAAGAGCUUUCAUUUCAUCAUAAUAUAAAACAGCAGAUCCGUCACCUUUCUCUAUUCAGUACUCUUGAUUUCGAGGUUGAAGUGAAAAUUAGAAGCUGUUCUUUCUGGCUCACAGACUGGGUUGCAUUUGCUUAGUCUUAUUCCAUGACAGUAGGAUGGAAAGAGGUCAGUAACACUGGAAUCUGACUGAUCGUUCCUACCGGAGUAUUGUACACAAACAUAAAGCACCUUCAAAAUGGACUACUUUUUGGAUGUUGAGUCUGCUCACAGACUGUUUUACAGUCAAGGAGCCCAAGCUCGUCGGGCAACUCUUCUCACUGUGCCCACUCUGGUGACAGCAACUUCUGAGGAUGACAUAGACCGGAGACCCAUCAGAAGACUCCGGUCUAAGAGUGACACCCCUUACUUGGAAGAAGCUCGGAUCUGCUUCAACCUUGAUAAUGCUCGCCGGGCCACGCUGCUCACCGUGCCCACAUUAAUGGCGGCAUCUUCCGAGGAGGACAUCGACCGCAGACCCAUCCGCCGCGUCCGCUCCAAGAGCGACACCCCCUACCUCGCCGAGGCCCGCAUCUCCUUCAACCUCGACGCAGCUGAAGAGGUGGAAAGACUGGCUGCAAUGCGUUCAGAUUCUUUAGUACCUGGGACUCACACGCCUCCAAUCAGAAGAAGGAGCAAAUUUGCCACUCUUGGGAGACUUUUUAAGCCCUGGAAAUGGAGGAAGAAGAAGAGUGAAAAAUUUAAGCACACUUCAGCAGCUUUGGAAAGAAAAAUGUCAAUGAGGCAAAGCAGAGAGGAGCUUAUAAAACGAGGAGUGCUGAAAGAAAUUUUUGAUAAAGAUGGGGAACUUUCCAUACCAAAUGAAGAAGGAGCUUUGGAGAAUGGGCAGCCUCUGGGCUCUGGGCUGAGCGCCAGCCAGGUGUCCCUGCCAGCCCUAGCAGAACUGGAGUCAGUCCCAGCAGCUGUGGAACCCUGCUCAUAUGAGGUGCUCCCAACCACAGAGAUCAUGGAUGGGACAGUGUCUGAAGAGAGCCCCACAUCCAAUGAAUCCGGCGUCCUCCUGUCCCAAGAUCCUACAGCUAAGCCAGUCCUGCUACUUCCCCCCAAAAAAUCUGCCGCUUUCCCUGGAGACCAUGAGGACACCCCAGUGAAACAGUUGUCCCUCCUCAAACAGCCCCCUGCCCUGCCUCCUAAACCUAUUGCCAGGAUUGCCAGCCACUUAACUGAUCCUGGCGCUCCUGUGAAACUGCCUUGUAUGCCAGUUAAACUGUCACCUCCACUACCUCCAAAGAAAGUCAUGAUCUUUGGGCCCCCUUUAGGGGGGCCAGACCUCUCUCUCUCAUCCUAUGCCACGCAGAAGAGCUCCCAGCAGCCUUUGACCCAGCAGCACCACACUGUCCUGCCAUCCCAGUUAGCAGCUCACCAGCUCCAGUACGGCAGCCACAGCCAGCACCAUCCUUCUGGGUCCAGCACGUUGCCCCUUCACCCUUCAGGGUGCCGGAUGAUCGAGGAACUGAACAAAACCUUAGCCAUGACCAUGCACAGGCUAGAAAGCUCUGGUUUACACACAAGUGAUAGUGUUACAAAAACAGGACCUGGGGGCCUUCCAGACAUGAGACAAGUGCCAACUGUUGUGAUCGAAUGCGAUGACAAUAAAGAAAAUGUGCCUCAUGAAACUGACUAUGAAGAUUCUUCCUGCCUCUAUCCAAGGCAGGAAGAGGAAGAAGAGGAAGAUGAAGAGGAGGAUAACUCAUUAUUUACAAGCCCCCUGGCAAGGAAGCUCUGUAGGAAGGACUCUUUAGCAAUCAAACUAAGCAACAGGCCUUCCAAGAGAGAGCUGGAGGAAAAGAACAUCCUCCCCAUGCAGACUGAUGAAGAGAGGCUCGAACUUAGGCAGCAGAUUGGGACAAAGCUAACAAGACGACUGAGCCAGAGGCCGACUGCUGAAGAAUUGGAGCAGAGGAACAUACUGAAACCCCGGAAUGAGCAAGAGGAGCAGGAGGAAAAGCGAGAGAUUAAGAGAAGAUUAACACGGAAGCUGAGUCAAAGGCCCACAGUAGAAGAGCUACGUGAGAGGAAGAUCCUCAUCCGCUUCAGUGACUACGUGGAAGUGGCGGAUGCGCAGGACUACGACAGGAGGGCGGACAAGCCCUGGACACGACUCACAGCCGCCGACAAAGCAGCCAUUCGAAAAGAGCUUAAUGAAUUUAAAAGCUCUGAAAUGGAAGUUCAUGAAUUAAGUAGGCAUCUAACAAGGUUUCAUAGACCGUAGCAGAUCAAUUCUACCUGACUACUAUGCCAUCUUCAAAACAUAAUUAAAAGGAACCAUAAGUGCUGGUAUUACUCACUUCCCUGUUACGUACAAUGUAAAUCUUCCGAACUGCCUUUUUAAAAAAAAAAUAGUAGAAAAAUAAAUAUUAAAAAAAGGAGAAUUGUAUUUACAUGUGAUGAGUACUGCAGCAUCAUCAGACCUGCUGGUUCAAGCUUCAGUAACAGAAAAUACCCCUGGUGGGAAAUCGUGCCAAGACUUGGCAUCUAUGUAUAGGACUUUCCCGGCAUGUGGAUUUGCCAUACGUGUUCAAGCCCAGCUGGUGGUGCAACCAUUGUUGUCUUCAGGCACCCCUCAUCCUGAGAAGCCUCUGUCAUCAACCCUAGAGAGCCCUGAAAUGGUGUUCAGGGAAUCACUUGGCCUGGGUGAAGUCUCCAAAAGAUGAGUCCCUAUGGCACUAAAGCACUUACACCAAACACUCCUUUCAAGCUGAGAGCACCUUAUGAGGACGGUGAAGGAGCGAAACUCUCCAUGAGUCCAUCUAUGAAUAUCAUCUCACUGGAAAGGCAUUUCUUUCCCUGGAGAAGUUUUCAGCCAGUCAGUAGACAUUGUUCAGCUUCCAAGCAGAAAAAGGUCUCACCUCUGAAGAACAGGACUCCCUAGUGAAGGCUGCUUCAGUUCCAGCAACUGUUUGUUUUCCAUCUCUUUCAAGUAUAAUUUUCUAAACCCAGUUGUAAGCCCAUUAGCAGUAAGUGACAAGAACACUGAAGACCAGCAAGCAAGCACCCAUCUCUUCAUGGUCACUGCAUGGCAUCUGCUCUGCUUGUAGUUUGUCUUACACCCAAACCUUGUGACUGUGUGAGAGCCAGAAUGCCCCUGGCAGCAGGAAAGGCUGGGAUUCCCCUCUGGCUCUGCAGGGGGACACACAACAGGAGGGGCUGGAGCUUCCAUGAAGGAUGUCUAUUGUCUCUGUAUCAGGUGUCUCUAGAACUGAUCCUAAACUCACACUGAGCAAAGCAUGACAAAGUGUGUUACCU